UCAAAAGAGGAACAGUGCUCAGCCCAAGCAAGUCUGAUGAAGGGUGACAGAGCCCAGCACUCCCAGGCUUGAAGUGAGUGGGAACACGAUUUAAAGUGGGUAACGAAGAGAGGUGUUCUGGUUCUCUCUAGUAAUCUAAAGAUGGAAGGAGCUGAUCCCUGCUCACCUUCAGAGCAGCAGGUUUGUAGAUGGUGGAUUUCCCAACCUCCCCUUUCUUGAGAUUUCUACUGUACCAUUGUCUUCUGCUUCAUUUUGUGAUCCACUGAAAGAAAAGGAAGGUCUGGAAAAGAAAUGGCUAAAAGAGCCUCCAAACUCGGUUUUGAAUCACAACAGGCUACCAAAAAUUGCAUCUGCUUGAGCACGCAAAUUCAUUAGCCACAUUGAGCGCUGACCACUGUGUUGAAAUGUUGAAAAGCUUUGUGAGCUCUUCGAUGGGCGUGGCGGUCGGCGUUUCCCUCCUUAUACUUCUCAUAGUCUGUGGAAUUGGGUGUGUUUGGCACUGGAAGCGUAGGGAAUCCACAGCACUUACCUUACCGAAGUUUAUGCAAAGGAGAAAUAACAGACAUAAGGACUUCGCAAAAAUCCUUGACUUGAACCCCCACAUGGUUUGCCCAAGCUCUAAAACUUCAGGGGAAAGCAAAGGCCACAAGUCUACCGUCAAGAGAAAUGGGACGCAUGCCGAGUACGAAAAUGUGCAGGUGGGUCCUGCCAGCGCAGAGGCAUCAACCGAGAAGGCGCUAUAUGAAAACACGCAGCCAUCUAAUCCCGAGGAACAUGUCUAUGGGAAUCAAACAGACGCCCUCUAUUGCAAUUUCCAGAAGCCUAGUCCUCUUCCUCCUCCCCAAGAUGAUGACAUAUACAUCCUUCCGGAUUCCAGUUACUAG